AUGAUGUCGGAAGAGACUGGGCAGAAAAACAAUAAAGCUAACUGCACUGCUUUAGCAGAGCACACGAACGGGCUUACAAAACCAUCUGCACUAGUCACCAAACCUGGGGCAUCUAAGAAAUUAGUUAUAAAAAAUUUUAAAGAUAGACCAAAGCUGUCAGAUAAUUACACUCAGGAUACAUGGAAAAAACUCCAGGAAGCAGUCGGAGCCAUACAGAAUAGCACCUCAAUUAAAUACAACCUGGAAGAGCUGUAUCAGGCAGUGGAAAACCUUUGUUCCUAUAAGGUAUCUGCUACACUGUACAAACAGCUCCGACAGGUCUGUGAAGAGCAUGUCAAAGCGCAGAUGCAUCAGUUCAGAGAAGAUUCUUUGGACAAUGUUUUAUUUCUUAAAAAGAUGAAUAAAUGUUGGCAGGAUCACUGUAGACAAAUGAUAAUGAUCAGAAGCAUUUUCUUAUUUUUGGAUCGAACAUACGUCCUGCAGAAUUCAAUGCUGCCCUCUAUUUGGGACACAGGUCUGGAGUUGUUCAGAAGCCAUAUAAUCAGUGAUAAGAUGGUCCAGAGUAAAACAGUUGACGGCAUUCUUCAGCUGAUUGAAAGAGAACGGAACGGGGAGGCUGUAGACAGAAGCUUAUUACGCAGCUUGCUAAAUAUGCUUUCAGACCUGCAGGUGUAUAAGGAUUCCUUUGAACAGAAAUUUUUGAAAGAGACUCAUCGUUUAUAUGCAGCUGAGGGUCAAAGCCUGAUGCAAGAGAGAGAGGUACCAGAAUAUCUUCACCAUGUCAACAAACGACUGGAGGAGGAGACGGAUAGAGUAAUAACAUACUUGGAUCAGAGCACACAGAAACAGCUAAUACUCACUGUGGAGAAGCAGUUACUCGGAGAACACCUAACAGCCAUCCUUCAAAAAGGGCUUCAUCACCUGCUGGAUGGAAACAGGAUAACUGAGCUCACCCUCCUGUACCAGCUCUUCAGCAGGCUCAAAGGAGGACUGCAGGUGCUUUUGCAACACUGGAGCGAAUACAUUAAGACCUUUGGAAGUGCACUAGUGAUGAUGCCUGAGAAAGAUAAAGACAUGGUUCAGGAGCUAUUAGACUUCAAGGAUAAAACAGACCAGAUCACUGAGGCAUGCUUCCAGAAAAAUGAAAAGUUUGUCAAUUCUAUGAAGGAAUCCUUUGAGACGUAUAUAAACAAGAGGCCCAACAAGCCUGCAGAACUAAUAGCAAAGUAUGUUGAUUCAAAACUACGUGCUGGAAAUAAAGAAGCAACAGAUGAAGAGCUGGAGAGAAUACUGGAUAAGAUAAUGAUCAUCUUCAGGUUCAUCCACGGUAAAGAUGUGUUUGAGGCAUUUUACAAGAAAGAUCUUGCCAAGAGGCUGCUGGUUGGGAAGAGUGCUUCAGUAGAUGCUGAGAAAUCAAUGCUGUCCAAACUGAAACAUGAAUGCGGAGCUGCAUUUACCAGCAAACUAGAGGGGAUGUUUAAAGACAUGGAGCUGUCGAAAGACGUCAUGAUUCAAUUCAAACAGUUUAUGCAGAAUCAAAGUGACCCAGGCAACAUAGAACUCACAGUUAAUAUCCUCACGAUGGGAUACUGGCCUACGUAUAUACCUAUGGAGGUGCACCUUCCUCCUGAGAUGGUGAAACUUCAAGAAGUAUUCAAGAUGUUUUACCUUGGCAAGCACAGUGGCAGAAAGCUGCAGUGGCAACCCACACUUGGACAUGCUGUUCUCAAAUCCGAGUUUAAGGAGGGUAAGAAGGAGCUUCAGGUGUCCCUCUUCCAGACACUUGUCCUUCUCAUGUUCAACGAAGGAGAGGAGUUCACCUUCGAUGAGAUUAAAACAGCUACUGGAAUAGAGGACGGUGAGCUGAGAAGAACUCUACAAUCUCUUGCCUGUGGAAAAGCUCGAGUUCUCAUUAAAAACCCCAAGGGAAAAGAUGUGGAAGAUGGUGAUAAAUUCAUAUUUCAUGCUGACUUCAGGCACAAGUUAUUCAGGAUAAAGAUAAACCAGAUACAGAUGAAAGAAACGAUCGAGGAGCAAGUGAACACCACGGAGAGAGUGUUUCAAGACAGACAGUACCAGAUAGACGCUGCCAUUGUCCGCAUCAUGAAGAUGAGGAAGACUCUGAGCCACAACCUUCUUGUGUCUGAGCUCUACAAUCAACUCAAAUUCCCAGUCAAGCCUGGAGACUUGAAGAAGAGAAUUGAAUCCCUCAUUGACAGAGACUACAUGGAGAGAGAUAAGGACAACCCCAACCAGUACCAUUAUGUGGCAUAAAUCUCCCUCCGGUGGCAAUUCUCACCUCGCCUGCAGAGCAUUGGCAAAACAAAAAGGACUGAGCUGCUUCCAGCUUUGCUGCCAGCACAUGUCAAAGCGCGGGAUAACUCAAGCAGUGGCAUGCACUGCGGGGAAGACAACACACCGGUUUAGCUCACCGUCACUGUUUUGAGUUUUUAUAUAAUUUCUUUUUCUGAAAUACUUUUUUCAGUUUUGCUUUUAGUUUCUUUUGUUACUGAGAUGCCCCCCAUUUGGCUCCCCCUGUUGUUAACAUAGUCCAACAGAUGCAGGGGAAGCAGAAAAUAAUGCUUGUGUUUGCAUAUAGAAUCCGUACCCUUCACGCUCUUCCAGGCCCUGCCACGAUUACUGGGUUGUUUGUCAACAAAUAAUCGAGGCACCAAAUUGCGAGGCACAGAUGUUAUUUUUGUAGAGCUUGCCAUUGUUAAACAUAAUUGGGUCUGUGCACAAAAUGCAUCAUCUUUAUUCUCUUAGCGGUUGAUCUCCUGCUCUGUGAAGAAAGGAGUCUUAUUACAAAGUGCCAAGCAGAGCAGGCUUCAAGUUCUACCGAUUUUUUUUCUCAGUUUUGUUAUCUAGCACAAUCGGAAGUGUGUCUAUUUCGAGUAAAGUAUAGCACUUGUUUAGCCAAAGCGUUUCUUGUUUAGCCUGAUUAACACUUCAUUUCAUUUUACUCACCUGAGUAGAUUGUUUUGAUGCAUUGCAGUUUGCCUGGGGGUGGGGGAUAAAAAUGUACAGGGAGAAAUGUAAAGUGCAAUUUACUGUUUCAAUUAAUAAUUGCCAGAAUUUGGGCUUUGUAAAGGAAACUGUUAAUGUUAAUGAAACAGGGAAGGUCUGUUUUGUGGAAACGACACCUUGGUUCACAUUGUAAAUAUGUUGUUCGGUAUGUGAAACAGAAAAGAGAAAAAAAGAUUUGAGAAUUGUAUGGGUUAUGUAACGGCGAUGUGGCGUGAGUUGUACACUUGUAGAUGGAUUAUGUUAAUAAAAACUGCUGUAUUUGCUAAGUACUGUAAAAUAGCUUGUCUGAUUUUAUUGUAUUACUGGGUUAUAUAAUGUGCAUUCUUUGUAAUCGUAGUGGUCCUACCUGUUUAAAAUCAAUUCAGCUUCAGUAUUAUUGUCACUGCUCCCCUUGUCUUUCUCUUUGUUAACAUUUCAUGUUUGAUACCAUGUUGAAAAUGUUCCGAUUCAUAUCUGAUUCAGGAUCUUAUCACCUGUUGAUUGAGUUCAGUAUAUUUCAGUAUAUUUAUCUAGUUUUUUUCAGGAGGCUCUUGACAAUCUUGUGUUACAUUCUUGAGACCCAACCAAAAACACACCAUUUACAUUAUCUGACAAAUUGGUUUUAGCUGUCAGGCAUUGGGUCUAGAGGACCCUGAAUGACUUGAAUGCAUUAUAAAAGUACUAAACAUGCUGAUAGCUGAAUGAACUAACAGUAUACUGUAAAUCUUCACUAUUUAGGUCUCCUGUUAAUCCAAACAUGUAUUUUCAUUUUUAACAAAUGAUGGGCGUGUCUACUCCUUUGUAGUAUAUUCCGUUUGGAAUAUAACUAGAGAAGUGUUCAUUCAAUUGUAAUGGAACUUGGGAUAGCGCAGGUUAUUGACAGUGUCAGGCAUCUUCAUGCAUGUAGUGCACAUGCAACCCUGUGGAGUUAAUGUGUAAUUUGUUUUGAACAAAAAAAAAAUGUGCAGAUCAAUUUAUUCUGUUGUCAAAAAGUAGUAAAACUGUUUUGAAAUCUCA